UUAAUUUUUUUUUCAAACGUUUAUUUAUUUUUGGGACAGAGAGAGAGACAGAGCAUGAACGGGCGAGGGGCAGAGAGAGAGGGAGACACAGAAUCGGAAACAGGGUCCAGGCUCUGAGCCAUCAGCCCAGAGCCCGACGCGGGGCUCGAACUCACGGACCGCGAGAUCGUGACCUGGCUGAAGUCGGACGCUUAACCGACUGCGCCACCCAGGCGCCCCUGCCAUAUGUUUUUUUCUAACAGUUUUAUAGUUUAAGCUUUUAUGUUUAGUUAAUAUUUAUGUGUGGUGUUAGAUAUGGGUCCAACCACAUCCUUUCACAUGUGUGUAUCCAGUUUACAGCACCAUUUGGUGAAAGGACUGUUUUUUGUCCAUUGAAAGGACUCAGCAACCCUCACAUACAUACACAAAAAAUUUUAGUUCACAAGUGGCUGGCAUUGUCGGGUGUUUGUGUGUUGGUGUGGAGGUGACUCAUUGUGAUUGGAUUUAGUGUCUUUGCAUUUGCUAGCAGGUCAAAAUGCAAAUCUUCACUAAGACUUUGACCGGCAAGACUAUUGCCUUGGAAGUGGAAUCCAGUGACACCAUAGAAAAGAUCCAGGAUAAAGAGCUCAUUAUUGCAGGCAAGCAUCUGGAAGAUGACCAGGCUCUUUUUGAUUACAAUAUCCUGAAAGGGUCGACCCUGUACCCUGCCCUGCAUCUGAGGCGUGGUAUGCAGAUGUUUGCGAAGACCCUGACUGGCAAGACCAUCACUCUGGAGGUGGAGCCCAGUGACACCAUUGAGAAUGUGAAAGCUAAGAUCCAAGAUAAAGAAGGGAUCUGCCCUGACCAGCAGAGGCUCACCUUUUUGCAGGCAAAGCUGCUGGAAGAUAGCCGCACUCUUUCUGAUUACAGCACCCAGAAAGGAUCAACCCUGCACCUGGUUCUCCAUCUGAGGGGUGGCUGUUAAUUCUUCAGUCUUGAAUUUAUAUACCCAAUGAUGGCAUUACUCUGCGUUCUAGCCAUUUGCCCCACUCUAGGUUUAGAUAUUACCAGUUUCAUUAAAGCUGAAUUGAUGUUUUUUUCGAUAGCUAUUCAAAAUGUUAAUAAAGGUUUUGUUGCACGGUAAAAAAAAUUUUUUUUAACAAAUUGAAAACUAUAACAACAUAUUCAAAACCAAUUUUGAAAGAAAAAACUUACAAAUUUUUUUUUUUUUUUCAAUUUAACUGAAUCAUAUCCUGAGACUACAAAAGCUGCUACCUACUUGGAAUUACUUAUCUGGGUGAAAUCAAAACAAAACUUUACAGUAAUAAAUGGUUUGCUUAGAUUGUUAUAAGACUAUAACAUACUUAAUCCUUAACUUGUCUCUUUGAGUUGGUAAUAAAUUAAUAUAUUUGAACAUAGAAUAGUAUUAGCAGCACUUGUGUCAGUUUUACGUAUCUGAGAUGCUGUAUAAAGAUUUCAUCUGGAGGGGCACCUGGGUGGCUCAGUCGGUUAAGUGUCCAACUUCUGCUCAGGUCAUGAUCUCACAGUUUGUGCGUUCAAGCCCCGCCAUCAGUCUCUGUGCUAACAGCUCAGAGCCUGGAACCUGUUUUGCAUUCUGUGUCUCCCUCUCUCUGCCCCUCCCCUACUCACACUCUAUUUUUCUCUCUCUCUCAAAAAUAAACAUUUAAAAAAAGAAAAAGAUUUCAGGGGUGCCUGGGUGGCUCAGUUGGUUAAGGGUCUGACUCUGGCUCAGGUCACGAUCUCACUGCUCGUGAGUUGCCCCUCUGUGUCAGGCUCUGUGCUGACAGCUGUGAGCCUGGAGCUUGCUUCCGAUUCUGUCUCUGACUCCCUCUGCCCCUCUCCACUCAUACACAGUCUCUAUCUCUCUCUCAAAUAUAAAUAAACAUUUAAGAAAAAAAUAAAGUAAAAAAGAUUUCAUCUAGACAUGCACCCCAGUGUUUAUAGCAGCAGUAUCAACAAUAGUCAAAGUAAGAAAAAAGCCCAAAUAUCCAUCGACUGAUGAAUGGAUAAAGAAGAUGUGGUAUAUAUAUAAUGGAAUAUUACUCAGCGAUUGAAAAGAAUGAAAUCUGGCCAUUUGCAACAACAUGGAUAGAACUAGAGUGUAUUAUGCUAAGUGAAAUAAGUCAGUAAGAGAAAGACAAAUAUGAUUUCACUCAUAUGUGGAAUUUAAGAAACAAAACAGAUGAACGUAGAGGAAGGGAAGCAAAGUAAUGUAAAAAUGGAGGGAGACAAACCAUAAGAGACUCUUAAAUACGGGUAAUAAACUAAGGGUUGGUGGAGGGGUUUUGGGUCGGGGGAUGGGCUAAAUGGGCAAGGGACGUUAAGGAGGACACUUGUUAGGAUGGGCCCUGGGUGUUUUUUGUGAGUGAUGAAUCACUGAAUUCUAUUCCGGAAAUCAUUAUUACACUAUGUUAACUAAUUUGGAUUUAAAUAAAAAAAUUUCAUCUGGGAAAGUUUUAUUGGGAAAUAUUAGAAAACCCCCAAAUUACAUGUUCUCUAAAGCUUCAUCCCAUGCUCUUACUGCUGUUACUUUAAGAUGUAAUUUACCACAUGUUGGGGCAGAUGUCUUAAAAUACAUCACUCUUGAUUUACAGAUUGGCUUUUAAAACAGUAUAUAUUUUGCUGCUAAUAAAAUACAUAUUGUUUUUCUUCGUUGGGCAGAGCUAGAUGUAAUGGAGAAGUCAGAAGAGCUAGGUAUUCACCCCUCUAAAACAGAGAGGAUGCCAGUUUAAGUGCAGGAUACAAGGAAUCAGUAGAGAAUGUAAUCAAGGGAGCAGAGUCCAAGAAGAAAGCACAUGGUACUGGGAUUUGAAAAAGGGGAGGGAUUAGAUUUAGAAAAGAAAGGACAGGUAAGUCAUCCCUUUACAUGAGAAGGUUGGGAGGUCCAUAAUGAUGUCUUGUCAUUGUGUGACACUUAAAAUUUAAGCCCCCUGGUGAAGAAUAGUGAAUCUGGAGAUAAUUGGAACUGUAAACAUUUUAAUUUUAGAUAGGCCUAAAUAUUAUAGAAUUGCAGUAAACCAAUUUUGUAACGGUUCUUAAGAGGUAGAUGCCUUUUUGGAAAAUACCUUUAAAAGAAUCUUGCUAAAUUUGAUAUGUGAAGAAAAGUGUUAGCUAAGUGAGUACAGCAAAACAACUAUAUACAGUAUAUUCUUUUCUUACCCCAGGUUGUUCAUGCCUCUAUCCAUGGUUCUCAGACAUGCUUUGUUCUAUUUUUUUCCAGUCAAAAUCUCACUUACCCUUUGCGACCCAGCUUCAUACACCUUCGUUGUGAAGCUGUUAGACACCAAGCAGAAUUGCUUUCUUCUUCAUUUCUCUAGACCUUACUUGAUUUGCUUUGUGUUGUAGAUAAUUGUACUGUCUUAAAUUCCCCUGAAUUUUGGAUUAUUGGCCCUACUUUUACUCAUCUGAAAUACCUCAGUCCCUUAAGUAGAAUAGAAAUUGAGUAAAGUUUUUAAUGAAAACUAUUAUUUGAAGAAUUAUUUACAAUUGGUUACAUCUCCUGAAAGGAUUCACUAAAAUCUAAUAAUGUCUAAUAGUGUUUACUUUAUUUAUAAAGAAUAAUUCUUUAUUGAUUAUAUUGUAACAAAUGGUUUUAGAGACGAGUGAAGGGAAUCAUGAUCCCCUUAUCUAUGAGUGGAGUACUUUAUAAA